AUGAGUCAUCGUGCUCAUAAUAAUAUGAGUAGGUCAACAAAAAGGAGACGUGUUCUUCAAGAGAUUGAGAGCUUAAUACAUUUUGACACUGAUUAUGAAUCAGAUCACGAUAAUACACAAUUUGAAGACCCAUUACUACAAGAAGAUACUAGAGAUGUUUCACAGUGCUUUGAUACAACGAUUUUUGAACAAAAUCAGUUAUUGGAAGGUUCUGAUAUUCCCGAAACUGGAAGUAUUUUAUCCUUUUCAAAUUCUGCUGGAGAUUUUUCUAAUUUAUUUGACGACAGUGAUAAUAAUACAGUUGAAAGUUCAAGUGAAGAAGAUAACACAGAAUUUUCUGAUAACUCACCCCGUACUCAACUCGCACAAUGGGCUAUAAAACAUAAUAUCACCAAUAUAGCAAUGUCUGAUUUACUUAAAGUGUUAAAUGCCUCUUACGAUCAAUCAUUACCUUUAGACGCAAGGACUUUAUUAAAAACUGAUAUUUCUAGUAAAACUUCUGUUAAUUUAAAAAACAUGUCACCAGGAUUUUACUAUCAUUUUGGAGUUUUGAAUGGAAUAAAAAAUCAUUAUAUUAUUGAAAAUAGUCAUAUUAAUGAACCAAUAAAACUAGUUGUAGGAAUAGACGGACUACCGUUAACUAAAAGUUCUAAAAGCACGUUUUGGCCGAUUUUAUGCUAUAUUCGUCCGUAUUCACACAUUGUGUUUCCAAUUGGACUAUAUUGGGGCAAUGAGAAACCACAAGAAAGUAAUGAUUAUUUAUUUGAUUUUGUUAACGAGAUAAAAGAUCUUAUUAAUAAUGGAAUUGAAAUUAAAGUCAGUUCAGGAGAGUUUAUUAAAAAACAAGUUAUUUUAGACGUAUUUUGUUGUGAUUUACCUGCUAAAAACUACAUUUUGAAAACCAAAGGGCACAACGCAUAUUUUUCAUGUUCUAGGUGUUGCAUAGAAGGGGAAUAUGUAUGUAGAAGGGUGUGUUAUCCUGACAUAGACUGUCCUAAAAGAACUCACGAAAGUUUUAUAAAUAAAAAUCAAGAAGAAUAUCAUGUUGGUGAGGUAAUGUCAAUCCUUAUUGAUAUUCCUGGAAUUAAUAUUAUUAAUUCAUUUUCACUCGAUUACUUACAUAUGGUAUGCAUAGGUGUUACUAAAAAAAUAAUUACUUUGUGGCUUAAAGGCCCCUUACAUUGUCGUUUAAAUAGUACCAAAUGUAAAUUUUUGAAUGUUAAUUUAUUAGCACAAAAAUUGUUUAUUACAUGUGACUUCCAACGUAAACCUCGUGGUGUCGAUGAAGUUUUUCGUUGGAAAGCUACAGAAUUUCGGACUUUUUUACUUUAUUUAGGCCCUGUCGUGCUUAAAAAUAUAAUAGAUAAAAAAUUAUACUCCCAUUUUCUUUAUUUAAAUAUAUCUAUGCAUAUUCUUUUAAAAGAAAAUAGUAGUAGUAGUCUUUUAAAUUUUAGUAAUGAGCUAUUAAAGUAUUUUGUUAAGCAAUUUGCCUCAAUUUAUGGUAUUGAAUGGAUUUCUCAAAAUAUACAUGGCUUACAACACAUCACUGAUGAUUAUUUAUUAUUUGGGUCUUUAGAUAACUGUAGUACUUUCCCAUUUGAGAAUCACAUGAAAGUUCUUAAAAAAUAUAUAAGGAAGUCUAACCAACCAUUACAACAGGCCAUUAAACGUUAUAGUGAAGAAACAAAAUACGGACAAAAACCUCAUCUAAUUAACUAUGAUUCUAAUUGUUUUACAUUUGAAAAGGAGCAUAAUAAUGGACCUUUAGGAACAAAAUAUUUAAAUCAAUAUUUACAAUAUAAAAUGAAGCUAACUGUUAUAUACUAA